UGGCCACACCCUCUUUUCCUCUGAUGCACAGCGGAGACAGUGCCCAAUCCAUUUUUAUUACUUAUCAAGUCGACGCCUUUCCUUUUCUCGCCGGCGGAAAAUCUCUCUCUACGCGUCGGACCUGCACUGAGCCCCCUAUUGUUUGUUAGCCGGAGGAACAUAACGUGAUGGCUUCCAAGAGAAUUCAGAAAGAAUUGAAAGACUUGCAAAAGGACCCUCCUGCAUCCUGCAGUGCUGGGCCUGUGGGUGAAGAUAUGUUCCAUUGGCAAGCUACCAUUAUGGGUCCUUCAGACAGCCCAUUUUCUGGUGGGGUGUUUCUCGUGACUAUCCGUUUUCCACCUGAUUAUCCAUUCAAACCACCCAAGGUGUCUUUCAAAACAAAGGUUUUCCACCCAAAUAUCAACAGCAAUGGUAGUAUUUGUCUGGAUAUCCUUAAAGAGCAGUGGAGCCCUGCCCUUACAAUAUCGAAGGUACUCCUCUCCAUAUGCUCUUUGCUGACUGAUCCAAACCCGGAUGACCCUCUUGUGCCUGAGAUUGCUAACAUGUACAAGGCUGAUAGAGUCAAGUAUGAGAGCACUGCUCGAUCCUGGACCCAGAAGUAUGCCAUGGGCUAGAAGAUCCUAAUUUGCAGAUUGGCAUAAUCACAUUAUAUGCUACUAGUAGUAAUAAAGAUUGAAAGGUGGACAGACAUUAUGCUGACAAUUAAGAAUUUUGGGCAGUUCAUUAUGGCUCCGUGUUUUGAAACUACAGAAUUGGUGGCCUAGUGGGAUCAAGCGUUUCUCGUCUGAUAGGUUGUCAUAUAAUUUAUAAGCUUGUUCUACUUGAUGAUUGUUGGCUUAAAAUCCAUCCAUAGCAGACUCGCUCUUUGUUC